AUGGGAGAUGGAGAGGGGCAUCCUUACGUUCCGAGUGACAUGAAAUUGCCUGGUUUUGUGCCCCAAUUGAUACCCACAUCCACCAUUCUUGGCGUUUAUCUCGGCGUUUCAACUCUGGUCGUCCUCGUCACCUGGAUCGGCUCCGGUUUUAUUCGGAAACUAUCAAAGUCUGAGAGGACACUUAUGUGCUGGUGGAUUUUCACGGGUCUCACCCACAUGGUGCUGGAGGGUUACUUUGUAUUUACUCCUGAUUUCUACAAGAAAACUUCCCCUAUUUAUCUUGCAGAAGUUUGGAAGGAGUAUAGCAAAGGUGAUUCUCGAUAUGCUGCGAGAAAUUCUGCAGUUGUCUCAAUAGAAGGAGUUACUGCAGUAUUAGAGGGCCCAUUUUGCCUUCUCUGUUUAUACGCUAUAGCUGCAAAGAAGUCAUACAGGCAUGUACUUCAGCUGGCCAUUUCUCUAGGACAGCUCUAUGGGACCAUUGUGUACUUCGUAACGUCUUACCUGGAUGGAGAUAAUUUCGCCACAAACUCGAUAUACUAUUAUGGAUACUAUGUCCUUGCAAAUUCCUUUUGGAUUGUCAUCCCAUCAGCAAUAUUAAUCCACUGCUGGAGGAAGAUUUGUGCCGCAGUCGGGGAUCAGGAUCAGAAGAAGACCAAAUCGCUAUAA